GAAACGUCACGUCGCUGCGCUCCAGGAAAAACAUGAAAACACGAAGAGAAAAGGAGUUUAUGCACAAUGAUCAGUUUAUUGAGGAUCGAUAUUCAAUUUAUUAAAGAUCAGAAACCAGCCGGGUCCGCAGCGUGAAGCCAGGCUUUACGGCAGAGCGUGUUUCUUUACGGCAGUCAGAUACCAGAGGGUCUGUUUUCUCCCAGAGACCAAAAACCAGCGGCUGUGUGACCUCUGACCCCGCAGCCAUGACCUCCAGGCUGUGCAGGACAUGCGGCGGCUCGGACAUCGACCUGGACCCGGCCCGGGGCAGCGCCGUGUGCACGGGCUGCGGCGCCGUGCUGGAGGACAACAUCAUCGUGUCCGAGGUGCAGUUUGUGGAGGGCAGCGGGGGCGUGUCCGCCGCCGUGGGCCAGUUUGUCUCCUCAGACGGUCCAGUGAAGGCUCCCCUCCUGGGUUCCGGGUUCCACACCAGCACAGGGAAAGAAUCUCGAGCGCUGACUCUGCAGAACGGUAAGCGGCAGAUCCACCACCUGGGCAGUCAGCUGCAGCUGAACCAGCACUGCCUCGACACGGCCUUCAACUUCUUCAAGAUGGUGGUGAGCAAACAUCUGACCCGCGGACGCAAGAUGGCACACAUCAUCGCCGCCUGCCUGUACCUGGUGUGCCGCACCGAGGGCACGCCACACAUGCUGCUGGACCUGAGCGACCUGCUGCAGGUGAACGUCUACAUUUUGGGGAAGACCUUCCUCCUCCUGGCCCGGGAGCUCUGCAUCAACGCCCCUGCCAUCGAUCCCUGCCUGUACAUCCCUCGCUUCGCCCACAUGCUGGAGUUUGGGGAGAAGACCCACGAGGUUUCCAUGACGGCGCUGCGGCUGCUGCAGAGGAUGAAGCGGGACUGGAUGCACACGGGCCGCCGGCCCUCGGGCCUCUGCGGAGCAGCGCUCCUGGUGGCCGCCCGGAUGCACGAGUUCCGCCGCACCGUGAAGGACGUGAUCGGGGUGGUGAAGGUGUGCCAGGCCACGCUGAGGAAAAGGUUGACGGAGUUCGAGGACACGCCCACCAGUCAGCUGACCAUCGAUGAGUUCAUGCGAGUCGACCUGGAGCAGGAAUGUGACCCGCCCUCCUUCACCGCCGGCCAACACAAGGCCAAGAUGCAGCAGCUGGAGCAGGAGCUGGCCAGGAAGCUGGACGACGUCGAAGGAGAAAUCAGCUGCUACAGAGACGAGAUCGAGACCGAGCUGGAGAACAGCCGACCCAAACUGAGAGGAAUCUACGCCGCCUACGCCAAGAUCGACCCCGAGGAGGACGAGGCCCUGUCCUCGACCUCUGACCCCGCAGAGCUGGAGGCAGAGGACGCCGAGCUGCAGGCCGCCGCCCAGCACCUGACCCAGGACUUCCUGUGUCAGGUGAUCCAAGAGGAGGAGGGCAAGAAGCCCGAGGGCACAUCGGAGCAGCAGGAAGAGGCGGGGCAGGCGGAGGAGGCGGAGCCUCAGCAGCAAGCCGCUCCCCUCACCUUCAUCCUGGGGAAACUGCCCAGCGCCGCCAGCCUGGGCCUCCAACAGACCUUCCACGCCUUCCAGGAGGCUGCAGCAGAGCAGGAGGCUGAUGGGCCGGCGGACAGCGGCGAGCUGGAUCUGGACGGUAUUGACGAUCAGGAGAUCGAUAAGUACAUCCUGAGCGAGCGGGAGGUGCAGAGCAAGACGGUGCUGUGGACCAAGCAGAACCAGGAAUACCUGAGAGAGCAGAAAGAAAAAGAAGAAAGGAUCACGAAAGAAAAGGAGCAGGGGACUUACAAGGAGAAGACCAAAAAGUCCAGCAAGAAGCGCGAGCCCAUCCAGGCGUCCACAGCGGGCGAGGCCAUCGAGAAGAUGCUGGAGCAGAAGAGGAUUUCCAGUAAAAUCAACUACGACGUCCUGAGAGACCUGAACAGCCGGGGCGGCAGCGCCGGCAACAGUCCCACCAGGUCGACCCCCGACCCGCCCGCCGGACGAAAACGACUGACCCGACGCAAGAAAACCAGCAACAAGACUAACCAGGGCCUGGCAGCCACCGCCAGCAUCAUGGGAAAGAGGCUCCGCCCACUCAUCUCCACCACACCAAAGAAGAGAGCAACAUUCAAGGCAGAGCCCAGUGUCGCCACACCUGCCGCUCCUGUUGAGCCGGCCCCGCCGCCUGAGCAGGCUCCGCCCCCUGACCCCCCACCCCCUGGCCCGGCCACAGUGGAGGACGGCCCCGUGAUGUACGAGGAGGAGGAGGAGGUGGAGGAGGAGGCGGAGGAGGAGCAGUGUGUCAGCGCUCUGCAGCUUGUAGGAGGAAGUGACUACGGCUGUGACGUGGAGGAGGAGGAAGUCUUCUAGCAGCUGGACGUCUGACCGUCCGUCCGUCCUGCAGAUGGUCCAGAACCCGGCAGCUCCUGGUGUUACUGUUGUCAAAGAGAAGCUCACUGAUGUCGUCCUUGUUGUAUUUUAAAUGUUUGUGUAGAAACUUUUUAAAGAGCCGGAUGCACCGUAUGAAUGUAAAUAUGAAACCUGUUUUAUUGGUGUCCGCUCUGAUGAAACGCCAGCAUCAACUUUUUAGUGUUUGUAGUUUUUAAAACGUUGCUGUUGUCAUUCCUUGUAGAUCAAUAAUGCUGAUUGUCCUUUUAUAGGAUUUGGUGUAAAAUGAUGAUUUAUUCCAUAUUUUAAAAUUUCAGGUUUCUUGUUCCAGAUUAGAUGACACAACAGGCUAAAGACUGAAAAUCAGAGGAAAAACUGCCAGACUUUAAGUUGAAUAUGAUGAACAUUCCUGCAGGAAUAAAGAAACUCUGAAAGCAGCAGAACAGACUUGAUUUCUCAUUGUGUUUGAAUUCAGAGUGAGGAAGAUGAUGAUGAUGAUGA